ACGUGAUGGUUUCAUCUAUCAAGACCGAUUGACUUUUCUGUAUUGUUCAAGUUUUGGUUAGCUCAAAACAACAGAAAAAAAAUUACCUAAAUGAUCUCUGUGUGUAUUUCAUAGAUCAGCCCAUAUUUACAGUUCGUUAUGCAUCCGGAUUUGUCACCACAUUUGCACACCGACGAAUGUAACAAAUUGGUUCAAGAAUUGUUUGCAUGCCGUAAAGAUAAUCUAUUUCUGAAGUUUUUCGGCAAAUGCAACACACCAUACGAUCGAAUGUUAGCCUGUAUGAAACAGGAGCGAUUGGCACGACGAGCAAAAAACGCAGAGACCGCACGGCAAAAGCAAGAAUUGGUGCGUGAAAAGGUGAAAAAAGAUAAAACUGAUUACGACGAAUUGUUGAAACAGUAUCGAAAGGAAGCCAGACCAUCGUCCAACUGA